UAAACAUGAGAAAUCACACGUCGGCGUUCAUAGGAGGUGCGUGGCAGCCAGUUAACCAACUCAAACCCUAGGGCCUGAAACCGAACCUAGUGGCUUGGUUAGGCUCGAAUAGUUGGGUUACGGUCUGGUUUCUGCCUCUGGUAAACUGGUCUCUCUGGUCCACAGGCUGUUUCCAAUCGUGAGCUAUUUAUUGAAGGUGUCGCAGACCCGAACACCGGUCCUCUUUCGUCGGCCAUUUACAGGGUUGCGCGAGGAUUCUUUCUAGGGUUUUUAACCCCAUCCCUUGCUGCUCUCUCACUCUCUGGGCUCCCUGGUGCUUGUUCGUAAAUUGGGGCCUUGUUCCUGCCGAGAAUUCAAUUCAGGAGUCUCCUCCACUCUUUUAUCUCCACUGGUGCAAGAGAGGCAUGGAUUUGUGAGCUUUAUUGGGAAUCUCCCUCUCUUAAUUGUUGGAGCCUAAACAUUCGUUGUGUUUCUCGGCUGAAGACACUUUCAGCAAUUAUCUAAAUAUGGGAAGCAAAGGUCGUAUGCCACCACCACUUCAUAUGCGUCGGCCACUACCAGGCCCUGGCAUAGUACACACUGACUCAUUUGGUUCCCAAGGGGUUCGACCUCCCACAGGUCCUUUUCCUUUUGACAUGCUCCCCCCUCCUGAGGUCAUGGAGCAGAAACUUGCAGUUCAACAUGUGGAGAUGCAAAGGCUUGCAACUGAGAACCAGAGGCUUGCUGCAACCCAUUCAGUUUUAAGGCAAGAGCUGGCUGCAGCACAACAGGAAUUGCAGCGACUUCAGGCUCACAUUGGUGUCAUCAAAGCAGACAAGGAGCAGCAGAUGAGAGUCCUAAUGGAAAAGAUAUCCAAAAUGGAAAUGGAUUUGCAGUCAACUGAUUCUGUGAAGUCGGAGUUGCUGCAAGCAAGGGCUGAGGCACAAAAUUUGGUUACAGCAAGACAGGAACUAAUUUCUAAAGUGCAUCAGCUCACACAAGAUAUGCAACGGAGCCAUGCAGAAACUCAGCAAAUUCCUGCUCUGUUAGCAGAACUUGAUGGUCUCAGAAAGGAAUAUCAGCAUUGCAGGGUUGCAUACGACUAUGAGAAAAAAGUGUACAAUGAGCAAUUUGAAUCACUGCAAGUCUUGGAGAAAAAUUACGUUUCGAUGGUAAGGGAGGUGGAGAAGCUUAAAGCAGAGCUAGCAAAUUCUUCUAACCAUGAGAGAAGUGGUGGAGCAUAUGGAAGUGUUGCUGGGUAUAAAGAAAGUGACGUCUCUUCUCUCCAUUCUGCUGGACAGAAUGCUUAUGGUGAUGGCUAUGGUGCCGCUCAGCAGGCACGUGGAUUGACGCAACCUGUUGUUCCCUCUCCUGGUUCUGCUCCUGGUUCUGCUCCUGCUCGUUCUAGUUAUGAAUCGGCUGUACCAUAUGGUGGGGGUCCUCCUAUCCCUUCGGCUCCUACUCAUGGUGGGUAUGAUGUUCCAGCAGGUUCUGUUCCAGGAGGUCCUCCCUUGCCUGCUUCAGCUCCUGCUCGUGGUGUAUAUGAUGUUUCAAGAGGUGUCGGAUCUCAAGUACCUGGGAAUGUCUCUUCAUAUGGUGUAUCACAACCACCGCUUACUCUAGCUGGAGGAUACGAGGUCCCCAGGGGCAGUAAUGCUGCUCGCAGAUGAUCAGCUUUCCUUGUUUACUCGCGUUCGAGUUUUUUCCCUCCUUUUAUUGGGGUUUAUAUGCCAUUCGUCCUAGUGUGUUGUACACAUUAGAGCCCUGCUGUUCCCUUUUAAUGACUUGAAAUUGCAGCAAUUACAGAUUAUAUUCAAAAGCAGAAACAUAUUGAAUGUGAUGGCCGGGACUCAUUACUGUUGAUGUUAAUGCCGAAUAGUUGCAGUUGUAAAAUGCCUAAGUAUCGACAAUGGGUCUUUUUUAGGUGAUCAUUUAUUAGUUUCUCUUGUAAAA